AGUAACCAACUCGACAAUAAAAAAAAAAAUGUUGCGAGAUCUUGCAAUCUUCGCAGUAUUGGCGAUAUCGCCAACAAUCUCGUGGAUCGCAAAUGAAGAGUUUCUACUGGAGCAAAAAACAGUUUACGAAUUGCUACGGUACAUCGAUCAGCCGGAGGUUAGCGGCGAUGGUUCAUACUACGAAUUGGGAAUGUCUUAUGAAAUUGAGAAGAACAUUGAGAACUACAACGACGAGGAAUGCGUAAGAAGCUUCCUAGCUCGUUAUAAGAAAGGGAUGCAGCCGCGGGGCAAAGUCUUCUCACCUUUUUACAGCGAGCUACUCGGGGAAGCAAUCGACCUCUUCAGGGUUUUCUUGAAUGCGAAGGACUUCGAAACGCUCAACAAGACCGCGGCUUGGGCCCGAAUCCACAUGAACGAGGGGAUGUUCGCCUACUCUUUUAGCAUCGCGGUUAUUCAUCAUAAAGCAACAAGGUUCAUCCGCGUUCCGGCCUUACAUGAGAUCCAACCACAUCUAUUUUUCAGCGAAACGGUCAUCAAGAGGGCGCAGGAGGUCAUGUGGCGUAACGACAUCAGCAGCAGUCAUAUAUCCCCCAAAGGUUACUCAGUGAUUCCGGCGACUUACGGAAUCCGGCGCAACGCCAAGAACUACAACUUCGACGAAGAAGAGCAGCGACUCAAUUACUUCAGGAAUGACGUGUCGCUGGCCGAAGCGAUGCACUACGCUCACCUGCUGCGACCAUUCUGGUUGGGCAGUCUAGAGAUCAGCGACGAUGUUUUAGCUGCCUGGCCGCCUCGCGGCGAGACUUUUCUGUGGUGGCAAAUGCACACUUUGGCACUUUACAACAUGGAACGCCUUUCCAACAACCUCGAGGCUAUAAAAGAAUUCGAUUGGAACUAUCCGCUUCCCUAUGGACAUUAUCCCAACGCCAGCUAUCCCAAUGGAUGUCAGUUUCCCAGUCGCAAAAACAGAUCGCGGAUUCCAAACCACCUUUUCCCACUGCUACAGAAAGUUCGCGACCUCGAGUCACGAUUAUCUUCAGCACUGGACACAGAGAGAGUAAUUGAUACCGACGGUGAAUCGAGGGAGACGUAUAAACAAGCGUAUGUCGAACUUCUGGGUAAUAUUCUUGAGGGAAACGCAGACUCGAUUAACCUGCCGUUCUACGGCACCUACUACGUAUUGGCAAAACACAUUCUGGGCUGUGCUCCUCGCCCCAAAACUAAGCACACACCAUGUCCGAGCACUUUGGACCACUUUGCUCUCGGACACAGGGAUCCGAUGUACUGGUCACUCACCCAAAGAAUAGUCAACAUCUAUCACGAUUUUUCCUCGCAUUUGUGUACCUACGUUUACGAAGAGCUGGUACAUGAAGACGUGGUGAUACAGUCAGUUGAGGUGGACCCUAUUUUCACGUACUUUGAGGACGUGGAUUACCUAAUCUCGACGGGUCUCAAAGUGCCGAAUGGGCGAGAUGAGCCGGUGGUCAAGGUUCGCCAAUGUCGAUUGAACCACUUGCCGUACCGCUACAAUAUCACGGUGAAAAGUGCGAGAGUGACAUCGGUUUGGGUCCGGGUGUUCCUGGGGCCGAAGUACGACUUCAACCAAAUGGAGCUGAGCAUAUCGGAGAACUACAAGAACUUCCUGCUCCUGAACGUGUUCACAGUAAACCUUGAAAAUGGAACGUUCACUAUUCAGAGGAAUAGCACGCAGGAUUACACAGCGGUACCGGAGGAUAUGAGCGGCGAUUCGUUCUACGAGAAAGUUACUCGUUCCCUGAAGGAUAUCAACGACACCUUUGAAAUGCCGUGGUAUCUUUACGCCCUGAAGCUUCGCAACUCCAUUCCUAAGGGCAGGAUCGAUGGGCUACCACUUCGGCUAUUCGUCUACAUAGGUUCACCGAUUGACGAAUUUAUCCACACUCAUUUACCUUUAAGAAAAUCGAUCACAUUUCCCCUGGACAGACCUCUGACGGUUGAUCCUGCCCGUUUGCCGAACGCCUACUUCAAGGAUGUAAAAAUCUACCAUAAGGAACGUUCGAAAAUCAAGCAUAAGACUCGCGAAACAAAUUGAAUAUCACGUCAAACGGCAAAGUAAUCGACGAAUGUGUUUUUGUUAUCGUUGCAAUAUAUUCAUCACGCUUUGUAUUAUUCUUUACGUUAUUCGUCAUCUUAUACGUUCAACUGCAGCUGUUGUUACAAAUGAGAAACGACGCUUGGUUGCUUAUGAACUUGAAACACCCUGAAAUUAUUACAGAAAAAGAAAUUGUUCAAAUAAUUUGAAAUAUAAGAAACUGAAUGUAACAAUUUGAAGAUAUUAUUCAUAAG